AUGGACGGCGAAGGAGGAGGCUCUGCGGCGGUGCAACACCACACGCGCUCCCCCGAGGACGUCUUCCGCGAUUUCCGCGCGCGCCGCGCCGGCAUCGUCAAGGCGCUCACCACGGGUCAGCUAGCCUCACGCAUUUCCAGCCUCCUCCUCUUUGUCCUCUUGGUUUGUGGAUGCUUCUCUGACGCUAUUGCUGGUUCCGUGGUGCGCGCAGAUGUGGAGAAGUUCUAUCAGCAGUGCGAUCCAGAGAAAGAGAACUUGUGCCUUUAUGGUUUGCCAAAUGAGACUUGGGAGGUCACUCUUCCAGCGGAGGAAGUACCUCCUGAGCUUCCAGAACCAGCACUGGGGAUAAACUUUGCACGUGAUGGAAUGAUCGAAAAAGAUUGGCUGUCUCUAGUUGCAGUUCAUAGUGAUGCAUGGCUCCUGUCUGUUGCAUUCUACUUUGGUGCUCGCUUUGGAAUUGAUAAAGAUGCCAGGAGAAGGCUCUUCACCAUGAUUAAUAACCUGCCCACUGUUUAUGAAGUUGUGACGGGGGUUGCUAAGAAGCAAUCGAAAGCCCCCAAUGGCAGCAGCAAAAGCAGCAAAUCUAACUCUAAACCAUCAAAACAGACCAAUUCUAACAGUAAGCCCGUGAAGCCAGCCCACCCAAAAGAAGAGGAGGACAGCGGCCAUGAGGACGCAGAGGAGGAGGACCAGGCGUACCUGUGUGGGUCCUGCGGGGAGAGCUAUGCGAACGGGGAGUUCUGGAUCUGCUGCGAUGUCUGCGAGAAGUGGUUCCAUGGCAAGUGUGUCCGCGUCACCCCUGCGAAGGCAGAGCACAUCAAGCAGUACAAGUGUCCCAGCUGCAGCACCAAGCGGAGCCGGGAAUGA